AGGCAUCGGAGGUGUGUACAGAGAGAGAAGAGAAGAGAAGAGAAGAGAGAUGGAAGGUAAGGAAGAGGAUGUGAGAGUGGGAGCGAACAAGUUCUCAGAGAGGCAGCCGAUAGGGACGGCGGCUCAGGGAGAUGACAAGGACUACAAGGAACCGCCACCGGCGCCGCUGUUCGAGCCUGGAGAGCUGUGUUCGUGGUCGUUUUACAGGGCUGGGAUAGCGGAGUUCAUAGCCACUUUUCUGUUCCUGUACGUCUCCGUUUUGACGGUGAUGGGGGUGGUUAGGGCUGACUCCAAGUGUUCCACGGUUGGGAUUCAAGGGAUUGCUUGGGCUUUUGGUGGAAUGAUCUUCGCUCUCGUCUACUGCACUGCCGGAAUCUCAGGUGGGCAUAUAAAUCCAGCGGUGACCUUUGGGCUGUUCUUGGCAAGGAAGCUGUCGCUGACGAGGGCAGUGUACUACAUGGUGAUGCAGUGCCUGGGUGCGAUAUGUGGUGCGGGUGUAGUGAAGGGUUUCGAGAAGGGCAGGUACAACUCGCUGGGUGGUGGUGCCAAUGUGGUGAACGCUGGCUACACCAAAGGAGAUGGGCUUGGUGCUGAGAUUGUUGGCACCUUCGUCCUUGUCUACACUGUCUUCUCCGCCACUGACGCCAAGCGUAACGCUAGAGACUCCCACGUCCCUAUACUGGCACCGUUGCCAAUCGGGUUCGCAGUGUUCUUGGUGCACUUGGCCACCAUCCCCAUAACCGGAACCGGCAUCAACCCAGCUCGGAGCCUGGGUGCGGCCAUCAUCUACAACAAGGACCACGCAUGGGACGACCACUGGAUCUUCUGGGUGGGACCAUUCAUUGGGGCCGCACUAGCAGCUUUAUACCACCAGGUGGUCAUCAGAGCCAUUCCCUUCAAGUCCAAGUGAUGAUGAGUGGUGCUGGGCGUUGAUCAAGGGGCAUCAAAAACCUACUCUAGUCUUUUGUCCCACUUUUAUCUGUUUGCUUAUGGUAUAAUGUAAUGUCUGUAGCAUUCCACUUGCUGUUUAUUUAUCAAGAAAGAGGUGACGCUGUGAAAUGUAUAAAUGAAUUUCUUCAUCUUUGGAACCCACUUAAGAUUAAACCUCUUGAAUCUUUAUUUGCUC